AUGACCAGUCCGCACGAGGCCGAGUAUUGUCAUCCAUUAGACCAGGAUGCGAAUCGGAUCAGUGUGAGAUCCAUCUUCCAAAGAACGGUCGGGCCCGUAACGCAGCUAGGGCUAAGUGGUUGGAACCUUCGCGACCAUGUGAUCAGCGCGUGUCUACAACUAGAAAACUAUCCUCCCCCAUGGUCGGCUGAAAGUCGCCUGCAUUUGAUAGAAUCGAUUCGAAAAAGUACAGUACGUCUGUGUAGACCGCGUUCAUCCCCCGCAUCCGAGUCCAUGUCCUUCUCCGGGAUCGACCAAUGUAUUUCGCCCUAUCUGCGAAUCCUGAACGUCAUGCAAGUUGGAACCAUCCCUGGCGUCAAAAACAAGCUAUGCCGCUCUCAACGGCUCGCAUUGUCACCCGUAUUUCGGGGUUCGGUCAUAUGCAACUCCACGUCUCGAUGUGAUGAGGUACCACCGGGUACCUAA